AAGCAAAGCGCCAUCACCACGAUGGCAUCCGAGUUAAGGACGGGGCUGGAGUGACCAGUGACCACCAUACUGCCCACCGCAUUCAGCAGCAGCAGCGGCAGGGAAGGAGGGGAAGGAAGCAAGCAACGAGCCGACGACGAAGCAGCAGCGAGAAUCAAACGCCAUAAUGGUCAAACAUGACUAGUAUAGAGGGCGGAGGCGGCGCCCUGAGGCGUAAAGGAGACGCCUUUUGCAGCCGUUCUUGGAGCCUUCUCCGACGAAAUGGCCCAUCAAGGAGUUCCUAAAUUUGGAAACUGGAAGGAUGACGGCGAUCACCUUUACACACAGUAUUUUGAAAAUGCUCGGAAGGGUAAAUCACCGGGGAGGUCUGUUAGUCAAAAUGACCAUAAUGGAGAUCCGGAAGCGCUCUCAAAGGAUCCACCAUCAGUUAAAGCCUCUCCUCUGAGGACUGGAUCAGAUCCAGCAGUGCGGAAGCUCAAGGAUGAAAGACGUGCAUAUCAAGAAGAUGAUCUUCGUCGGCACGAGGCCACUGCUCGAAAACCGCCUAAUCAUAGAUACAGUGAUCAUACCAACCAUGACAGUGCAGUGAGAAAAACUAGCAUGGAACAUUCACCCAUUCAUCCUCGUCACCAAGCAAGAAUUGUGAACAAAGGUGGGGUUUCAUCUCCUCCUUGGGAACGGAGGGGUUCAUCAGAAGGAAACCGGGGGGCUGCUCCAACCACGCCUGGAAGGUCCCAGAUGAGAUCAAGCGGCCGUGGAGAUGAAACGCCUGAUAGAGGAUCAGCUGUGCCCAAGUUUGGAGAAUGGGAUGAGAAAGAUCCAUCUACAGGUGAAGGUUUCACAGGCAUAUUUGACAAAGUGAGGGCGGAGAAGCAGUCUGGUUCCGGCAAUGCUCCUGUCAUCACCGGUGAUACAGGUUAUAAACAAUCUAAUCAAGGCCGCAAAUAUGAAUCCUCAGGUUGCUCAUGCUUCAGUUGGUUCAAGAACUGAUAUCCAUCCCCUGUCCUUGAGAAUCACAUAAACCUGUGUCGAUUGUUUUGUCAUUGUAAAAUAAGAGAGCCCUACUAUGUUGCCCUUGUUGUAAUAUUGUUUGGUAGCAAGACGUGCCAGAACACGACUUUGCAAACUUGAGCUUCACUAAUUUGAGCUGUUUUUGUAACU